AUGGACAGUUCGCCGGACCUGUCGCUAAAGUUGCGGCGCGGUUCGAGCGAUUCGCGCGAAUCGUUCUACAUGGACUUUGCCCAGGGCAUCGACUCCGACAUCGAGGAUGUGGUAACGAUGACGUCCGGUGGGGCCGGCGGUGUUCCUUCGCCUUGCGCGCUACCACCGGCUAGCCUGCCGGAAGUGGUGACGCUACAGCCGACCAACACCACCAACCAGACCGGCAUCAUCCUGGAGGAGGAAGAUCCACUCAUCGAGGAGGAGGAGGAAGAGGAGGUAGCGAGGGAAGAAAUGCAACAGGAGACGGUGGGAAAGGAGGACCCAAUAUCCAGACCGGAUGCCGUCAGCAACCUGCCGGAUGAGUGCGGGGUGUACGAGUUGCCACCGAUUUCCUCCUUCCCGUCGCCACUCCACACACCGGCCAGUCUGCUCGUACCACUGCCCGCGUUGGACAUCGACAUCGAAAGGGAUUCUGGUUUGCCACCGCAGCCGAUCAUGCCAUCGCCGUCGGUGCCCCAGAAUGCCAUCGUGUCGCCGGAAACGUUCAGCACGCAUACGUCUCCGGCACCAUCGCUACACCAACUACCGAUCGGUCGUCCAGUAAGCCCACCCCAUCCACCACCCUGCUACGAGCCCGCUCCGCCACCUCCAUUGCACCCACCGGCGGUGUUAACAACCGGGGCGGACUAUCCUUCGCUGUCCUCCGUGCAGGAGCUCGGCACCACCGAUGGGGACGGUUCGCGCAACGGUUCGUCGUUGGGCAUGCAGAGCAAAACACCGACCCAGCACGGUUCCUCCUCCACGUCGUCCUCUGCCGCGUUCCCGCCACGCACACUCCACACACCAACGUCAAGUGCCAAAGCGAUCGGUACGGUACCGACCGCACCAGCACCCCUGCUCGUGCCGCUACCCCUGUCCGGGUCGGGUACGGUUUCCGGUACGGCCGAUUCCGUACACUCCGCGCACCGCCCAGCCCAUCGCCUGUCGCAGCAGUCCCUAGCGACACCGGCUAGUGGGGCCGCUAGUCAGACGACCACCACGCACCAGCACCUGUCCGUGCUGUACCACUCGCACCAUCACCAUCUCCAUCCGAUACUGACCACCAACCGGCGCCCGUCGCGACUCCCCGAACCGGUCUACUAUCCUCCGCCGCGCGAAGUGAAGCCUGGUGAAGCCCUCGCGACCACACUGUCCGCCCUGUACGGUAAGCUGCUCGUCGUGAUGGGUAUCGCUUUCCCGAUGGCGGAAGUCAUCUCCACCUACAUUCCACCUUCCUUCUACGAGGGCUUCUAUCUAUACCUGUACAUCGGUAGCAUGGUGUUUCUGCUGUUUAUGUACACGACGCUACUCUGGGGCAAACCGAAAAUGCCACCCGUGUCACCGGUUAAGAAGCAAACGAUCGCCAGCACGAAAAAGGUGAUGCACCGGACCAGUACCACCUGCUCGACGGACAGUGGCGAACAGUCGGACAGUGAGGACGAAACGAUAAGCUCCAGCCCGAAGAUUCCGGUGCAGGCGCGCCGAAUGUCGCUGUCGGCCGGUGCCGCCUCGCGGCUCCAACAUUUCGGCAGCUUCUAUUUGCGCAUGGGCGCGGUCGCAUUCGGCAUCGGUAGCAUGAUCUACUCCGGAUUGGAAUUCGGUCAGUACUUUGAGCUGGAGCGCAACACCAAGUGCCACAACGUGCUGCUCGCACUGACGCCGGCCACCCGUAUGGCCUUCAUCUUCAUACAGAUGUAUUUCAUUUUUCUAAACAACGAGCAAAUCAAGGUGUACCGGCAUAAGAUAGUGGCCCGGUUCGGGCUGAUGCACAUGAUCGGUACCAACCUGUCCGUAUGGUUCUCGGUGUUGAUACAGGAAACGAAGCACGAAAUAUUGACGUUUUACAAUCCGGAGAAUCGCACCCUGCGCAUUUCACACCGGUUGGGCAACAAGAUGAUGCCCCAUCCGGUGGAGACGGUAGCGCAUCUGAGGGUCGCCCGUGGUUUAAAGGGCCCGCACAACAUCUUCGAGUGCCGUCGGUCAAACAUCAUCGGUACGCUCGUGCAGGACGCAUCGCCGUUCCUCUUCCCGUGCACCAUCGAGUACUCACUGAUCUGUGCCGCCAUCCUGUACGUGAUGUGGCGCAGCAUUAGUCGACCGCAGAACGAGCAACCCCAGCGGCAGGAAAGCUUGCAUCCGCUGAAGCGUUCGCCCCACCACUAUUCGGUGGACUGUGCCGGUGCCCACAAGGGCCUGUUCAUCGGCAUCCUCAUCCUGGUGCUGACCAUCAUCUCGCUCAUCCUGUUCUUCGUGCUGAUAUCGCGGCCCGAGUUCGUCAGCCUCGCCGUUACCGAGGUGAACAUAUGCGAGCUAACGCUGUACGGCACGACGACCGCGGCCACACUGAUCGGGAUGUUUCAGGUGCGACACAUGCAGUACGACGCAUUCCGGAGCUUCAGUCUGGACGAUAUCCUGCUGGUCGGCGGACAGACUGGUUCGUUCCUGUACAGCACGUUCACGGUAAUCGGGGGCCACUUUACGAUGCGCCGCGAUACGGUGCUGGUGCUGAUAACCGCGCUAGCGUCACUGGUAGAGACCGCCUGCCAGACGAUGUUCAUCCUGGAUGCGAGUCGCCGCUCAGCCGCCACCCAGGAACACAUCCGGAAGAAACCGGGCCGGGAGAUAGUGACCUUCCUGCUGGUGAGCAAUCUCGCGAUGUGGGCUAUCAACACGCUCGAGAAGAGUCGGGCCGAAUCACAUCCGAUUCAGCUGCACUUUUACGGCCUCUGGGCGUGGACGAUCAUAACGCACGUGUCGAUGCCGCUCGCCAUCUUCUAUCGCUUCCACAGCACGGUGUGCCUGUGCGAGAUCUGGAAGCGGGCGUACAAGAUGAAGCCGGCGUACAUGUAG